AUGGGGGAAAUCCAGGUUACGUUGGCUGGUGGGCAGGAUCUUGCUAAGCAGGUGGCCUGUGAGCUAAUGUCAGCGGAGAGCAAUGAGGUCUCCUGUGGCCUGGGCAAUAGGAGGUCCUGGUACUUCGACGUGACUUGCCGUGUCGUCUGUGGCCUGGCCCUGCCUUACCUCCCUGAGCAGCUGGGCACAGUGCCCACCCACUACAGUCCCUGCAGCCACGGCAUGCCCCUCUUUGGGUUUUUCACAAUGGCCGGGCCUGCCAGGAAGUGCCUUGCCUGGGAGGGAGGGAGGGAGGGCAAAGGGCCAUGUCCUUUCCUUGCCCCACCCUGCCAACAAGAGUCCCGUCACCAGGCCACCCUUUCUAUCCAGGGCUCUCGAGCGAGCCCAGAAUCCCAAGCAGCUGGAGCACUGGGGGACAUCCAGACAGAGCCCUCCCUGGACCGAGUCCUGCAGGAGCGGGAUGAAGCCAUUGCCAAGAAGCGGGCAGUGGAGGCCGAGCUGGACACAUGCAAGGCCAGGCUGCGUGCGGUGGAGGCCCAGCUGCUGGAGGUCCUGGAGGAGAAACUGAGGCUGAGGCAGGAGGUGGAGGCCUGGGAGGAGGACAUGCAGCAGAUGGUGAGGCAGCGGGUCCAGAGUCAGCUGCAGAGAGAAUCCAGGGGUGCUCUGGGCACCCCUGGGGACCCUGGUGCUGCCAGGAGCCCCUGGGCCCGACUGGGGCGUUGGUGGUGAGAACUCAUCCCAGGAUCGUGGAGAACUGUCUUUAUUCAUUAAAACCCUGGCCUGGCCACCUCCA